GCCCGGGGAGGAGUCGGGGUCACAGUGGUGGGUUUGUUUCCUCCGGUCACAUUCGGCGCCGUGUCCGUGCUGUGUCCGCCCGCCCGCUAGCUCCGGGUGUCCCCCAGCAUGGCCCUGAUGAGAGCCCGCGCUCUGUACGACUUCCGGGCGGAGAACCCGGGUGAGGUGUCUCUGAGGGAGUCGGAGGUGCUGAGCCUGUGCAGCGAUCAGGACAUUGAGGGUUGGCUGGAAGGAGUGAACAGUCGGGGGGAGCGGGGACUCUUCCCGGCCUCCUAUGUAGAGAUCGUCCGGGGAGAAGCACUCAGUCCUCCACCACCCCCUCCACCUACCGACCGCUAUGCCAACCUCCCCCCAGGGGGGUACGAGCCAGCUCAGCCUCCUCCCCCCACUUACCGGGGACAGGAGUCCUUCCAGGGGUUGCCCCGUCCCGCCGCCCUUCCCUACCAACACAGCCAGCCCAGUGAUGACGAUUGGGACGACGAAUGGGACGACAGCAGUUCCACCGCCGCCGACGAGCCCGGUGGCACCCCUACCCCCGGUUUCUAUGGAGGCGGUUUCAACGACUACGAGAGCAGCCGGUACCGCAUGUCCACCCGUUCCGAGAUGCCCCCAGGCUACAACACCACCAGCUCCACCGCCUCCUCCGCCGCCAAGGGAACCGCCACCGUCAGCCGUAACCUCAACCGUUUUUCCGCCUUCGUCAAGAGCGGAGGCGAGGCGUUCGUUCUGGGCGAGGCGGCGGGCUUCGUGAGAGAUGGCGACAAGCUCUGCGUGGCCCAUGGUUCGAAUGGGCCAGAAUGGCAGGAGAACCCCUACCCGUUCCAUUGUUCCAUCGAUGAGCCCACCAAGCAGACCAAGUUCAAGGGGAUGAAAAGCUACAUCUCUUACCGCCUGCUACCCAACCAUACCAACCAGCAAGUCCACCGCCGGUACAAACACUUUGACUGGCUCUACGCCCGGCUGCUGGAGAAGUUCCCCGUCAUCUCCGUGCCACGCAUCCCCGAGAAACAAGCCACCGGCCGCUUUGAGGAGGACUUCAUUUCCAAGCGCAGGAAAGGCCUGUUGUGGUGGAUGGACCACAUGUGUAGCCAUCCGGUGCUGGCUCGCUGCGAUGCCUUCCAGCAUUUCCUCACCUGCUCGGACGAGAAGGCCUGGAAACAGGGCAAGAGGAAGUGUGAGAAGGAUGAGAUGGUGGGGGCCAACUUUUUCCUCACCCUCACCACCAUGCCCGGAUCCCCGGUGUUGGAGCCUCAAGAGGUAGACGGAAAACUGGACGCCUUCAAGGCAUUCGCCAAGAGGAUGGAUGAAAGUGUGCUUCUGCUCAACCAAACUGCUGGCGAGUUUGCCCGUAAGCAAGCUACGGGCUUCAAGAAGGAGUACCAGAAAGUUGGACUGGCUUUUAAAGGUUUGGGCCAAGCCUUUGAGAUUGACCAACAGCCCUUUUCAGCCGGUCUGAACAAGGCGAUGUCCUUCACGGCGGAUGCCUACGACGCAAUUGGGGAGAUGUUUGCCGAGCAGCCCCGUCAGGACCUGGAUCCAAUUAUGGACUUGCUGGCAGUCUACCAGGGUCACCUGACCAACUUCCCAGAUAUCAUCCACGUUCAGAGAGGUGCUCUAAACAAAGUCCGCGAGAGCAAGAAGCAUGUGGAAGAGGGCAAGAUGGAACUCCAGAAAGCGAGCGACAUCCAAGAACGCUGUAACAUUAUCUCCUACGCCACCCUGGCAGAAAUCCAGCACUUUCACAAAAUCCGCGUGCGGGACUUUAAAUCACAAAUGCAGCAUUUCCUACAGCAACAGAUAACUUUCUUUCAAAAAGUGACGCUAACGUUGGAGGAGGCACUACAGAAAUACGACGCAGCCUAGUGAUCAUUGCAGAGACUCUGAACUUUUCUCCCCAUUUCGGGGAAGUUUAAAUCCGGGGUUGUAGUCGCCCCCCCAACACAAGAUAAAAAACCUGUUGCCAAUAAUUGGCGGUGGUACACGACUGGUCGUACAUUUUAUUUUUUAGUAAACUGUGAUGCAGAAAACAACAUUGGAACCAUGAUAUAACCGUUCCGCAUAGAUCCAGCAUAGCACAUUUAUAUUUAAAUUAUAUUAUCUAAGCUUACACUACCAUUGUACAUGUUGUGGGGUAUGAAGUAUGCAGAUUGCCUUACCAUUUCUUGGGAGUAUGAGUUCACGAUGCAUACUUUGAUUGGACUAAUUAACACACACAAUGUCAUCCGUUGCCUUUUUUUUAUUACAUUUUGGAUUCAACAAAUCCUCUGUUUACAGAACUUCUACUUGAGCAACUUUUCUUGUGCCUUUUUAAACAUCCAUCUUUUUUUUUUUUUCUAGCAAUAAAUUCAUAUUUUAUCACA